AGAUGACACUCCCCAUGUCCCCAACGAGCAGCUGGGAGAAGAAAAGGUUCUGCACAUAAUAGCAAAUCUGACUUCUCUGAUAAGAGAGACAUUUCCAGGUACCAAGGUCUAUGCAGCCAUGGGCAAUCAUGACUUCCACCCCAAGAAUCAGUUUCCUGGGAAGGAGCACAGGAUCUACACCCAAACAGCAGAGCUGUGGCGGCCCUGGCUGAGCGAUGCCUCCCUUCCUCUCUUCAGAGCAGGAGCUUUCUACAGCGAGAAGCUGCCUGGCCCAGGGACGAGGGGACGGGUGGUUGUCCUCAACACCAACCUCUACUAUGACCAGAAUGAUGAGACAGCUGCAGAGGAGGACCCUGGGGGACAGUUCCAGUGGCUGGAAGAAACACUGACCAACGCCUCCAGAGAAAAUGAAAUGGUUUACAUUGUGGGCCAUGUCCCUCCUGGCUUCUUUGAGAAGACACGGGGCAAGCCCUGGUUCAGGAGGGGCUUCAACCAGCGCUACCUGGGCAUUGUGCAGAGGCACCACAGGGUGAUUGCUGCCCAGUUCUUUGGGCACCAUCACACUGACAGCUUUAGGAUGUUCUACAGCCACACAGGUGCUCCAAUCAAUGUCAUGUUCCUGGCCCCUGGAGUGACUCCCUGGAAAACAACUUUACCUGGAGUGAGCAAUGGAGCCAACAACCCUGCCAUUCGUGUGGUUGACUAUGAUCAGGACACCCUGCAGGUCCUGGAUAUGGUGACUUACUACUUGAACCUUACCCGUGCCAACACGAUGGGCUCAGCAGAGUGGGAGGAGGAGUACAGGCUGACAGAAACCUUCCAGGUCCCCGAUGGCUCUGCAGGCUCCAUGCAGAGAGUGCUGGAGAGGAUCUCCAGGGACCCCCAGCACCUGCAGCUGUACUAUGAGCUGAACUCUGCCAGGUAUGACCUGGAGCUGUGCCAGCAGGAAUGCCGUGUGGAUCACCUGUGUGCCAUCAGGGAAAUCGAUUUUACAAAGUAUGAGGAGUGUGUGAAAACCAACAGCUCUGCCUCUGCUGCCAGCAGUGCUUGGCUUUUGGUUUUCUGCAUUUUCUUAGGAUUUCUCCAUCCUCAGCAAGUGCUGUGAUGGCAAGAGCAAGAGAAAAGAAGGAAGGCACAAGAUCACAUUACACUGGAUGGGAAUUGCUGGUUUUUUUGGCAUUGAGAACUUGCUUGGAAAGCAGGACAAAAUUGUGAAUGUUUGCUAAAAGCCCUCUGAUGCUGAUUUGAAAUUUUCUAGAGCUGUGUGAAGAGCAAUGUUUUUGAGAGCCUUAUUGUGCAACAAGGAGUGUCUCCCCUCUGCCAGGACUGCUGGGGCAGCCUCACAGAUCAGAUGAAGCCCAGGCCUCCCUGUGGACACGAACUGGCAGUGGGUGAGGGCAGGGAGCUGCCACGUGUCCCAGAGGCUGCUGCCAGCAUUCCUCAUUGUGGCUCACACUUCUGGAAGUCACAGCUGCUGACUCGGGAAGUGUGACUGAGGCUGUUGAGCAGAGCGAGGUGGGCUGGGGGGACAGCCCAGGGCAGGCUGCAGAUCAGUGACAGGGGAUGGUGCCUGAGGCUGCCCAAGGCCUCGCUCUGUCAGAGGAGCAGCUGAGCUGGGCUCUGCAGUACAACUUACAAGGAGGAUUAUGCCACAACCAGAUCAAACACAACUUGGACAACAAAAAGCAGCCACUGUUCAAAAUCCACUGCCAAGUGUCACCUGUGUAGCAAAGUGCAGCAGAGGCAGCACAGCAGCUCACAAGCAAAGCAGCUGGAGCAGCUUUGGGAGCUGCAGCCCAAGGCCAAGGCCUGCAGGGACAAGGGCACUUUGCCAUGGCAGGAUCCUCCCCUGAGCCACAGCACCACAGGCAGGCUCAGCUGUCCCAGGGCACACUGCAACGAACACACUACACUCUCCAACCUGGCAAAAUCUGCAUUUAAUUUACAACAUAGUAAAGGUUACAGGUAAAAAGCUCAACAGAAGUGUGAAAAGGCCUAUUACAUAUUACACAAGUGUACAAAUGUCUGUACAAAGCCCCUCGAUGUUCCUGUCCCCUCGUGGCCAGCUGUGGCCCCUAAGCUCUGAAAUAAUAAGAGCUGGUUCAGAGUCUGAGAGGAGAAGAGCUUUAAAAAACGAGCAGUGAAGUUUUCCUUGUCAAGAAAAAUCUUGCAAAAAAAAAAA